AUGUCAACCUCGAAGCCCACCCCCAAACUCGGGGCAGCAAGACCUCCCACGCGUAUCUCUAUUACUCCCCGGAGAGGGCCAGUAGGACGUCUUGCUAGCACGAAACCCUCAAGUUCAACCCCGAUCAAACGUCCCCAGCCCACUGGUCGCCCUCAACCUACCCGGCCAACAACUCAUCCGAAGACUUCAAGCUGUCCCAACCCUGGUUGCCCAGCACCUCAAAUUGUGGACGAAGAGGGACAGAAAGUCUGUACAGGAUGUGGUACUGUCAUCAGUGAAUCCAAUAUCGUGUCAGAGGUCACAUUCGGCGAAAGCUCAUCUGGUGCUGCUGUCGUUCAGGGUACCUUUGUUGGUGAAGAUCAGACCCAUGUGCGCAGCUUUGGCCCCGGCUUUCAGCGGGGAGGUGGCAUGGAAAGCCGAGAAAUGACUGAACAAAAUGGCAAUCGAUUUAUCACCCAGCUCUCGCGGGCCUUAACUAUCCCGGAGAGUGCCAUGAAGGCUGCUGGCCAAGUCUUCAAGCUCGCUGUCGGGCUGAACUUUAUCCAAGGUCGUCGCACGAAGACUGUGGCCGCAGUCUGUCUUUAUAUCGCUUGUCGUCGUCAGGACGGAAACACCGUCAUGUUAAUCGACUUCGCCGAUGUGCUGAUGAUCAAUGUCUUCAAACUGGGUCGCACCUACAAAGCUCUUCUCGAUGAGUUGCGCCUAGGUGGCAAUGUAUUCAUGAUGAACCCUAUCGACCCGGAAAGCUUGAUCUAUCGGUUCGCUAAACAACUGGAGUUCGGAUCUUUGACAAUGCCCGUGGCAGGUGAGGCUGUGCGCAUCGUUCAGCGAAUGAACCGUGACUGGAUGACAACUGGUCGACGUCCUGCUGGUGUCUGUGGUGCAGCCCUGAUCCUGGCCGCUCGGAUGAACAAUUUCCGCCGUACGAUUCGUGAGGUUGUUUACGUUGUUAAAGUUACAGAGGUCACCAUCAGCCAGCGUCUGAACGAGUUCAGCUCAACCGAAAGUGGUGAACUGACUGUGGACCAAUUUCGAUCAGUGCAACUGGAAAAUGCCCACGACCCCCCAUCUUUCACCCGGGCGCGCCAGGGUCACAAACCGAGUAUAGUUUCCCGGAAACACCCCGAGACGGCAGCCGAACUUGAAUAUGAUUCUGCAGCUGAAAGCGAGGCGGGAUCUGUGCAGCCCCGGCGUGUCGAUGCAGAUGGCUUUACCAUACCUAACCUCCCCAUCGACCCUGCCCUCACGGAAAAUCCCGUCCGACGUGGGUCUAUCACAAAAGCCGUGAAUGAAGUUAUUGCGGAGGCAAAACAGGAAGGCCUUGAAGGCAAGAACAAUGCGAAGCAGUCUCGAAAGGGCCCCUCUUUUCCUGCUCCAUCUGCCGAACAAAUUGCAUCUGAAGAUGCCCUGGAGGAAGAAAUGCGCAACAUGUUGGCUAAGGGCUCCACUAUGGUCGAAAAUGCUGCACUUCCUCCCCAGACUCAAGUCUCAGACAGUACGGAAAUUACCGAGAAUGAAUUCGAAGAUGACCCCGAAGUCGCCUACUGUCUCCUCUCGCCGGCUGAGGUUGACUUGAAGGAACGCGUUUGGGUCAGUGCAAACAAAGAAUACCUCCGCACCCAACAGGCAAAGGCACUCAAGCGUGCGCUGGCCGAAGCUACCGGUGGCGCCUCUUCCUCCAAGCCUCGCAAGCGCCGCAAGGGCCGAAUGGGUGAUGUUGGCUACCUUGAGGAUGGACAAGACGGCGAGGGCCGCAGCUCCCGUGCUUCCACCCCAGCCGAAGCGACUCGGCGUAUGCUCGAGCGACGCGGAUACAGCAAGAAAAUUAACUAUUCCCUUCUGGAUACUCUAUACGGUGGCGAUAGUGUCCCCGAAGACCAGAAAACGAAGAUGGAAAGUUUCAGCCGCAGCCAGAGCCGGACCGAAGCCGAAGUGUUGUCUCCCGUCGCAGCGCCAGCAUUCCUCCCGAAGCUGCCUCCUUUCGCCGAGCCGGCCAGGCCAUACCAGCACCAGCUGCGAAGUCUGGUCACUCUCAGGCUGCAGGCCCCCCCUCCAACUCCCCCUCCAACAGCCCCCGAGACUGUUACCAAUGAUGCACCCAAGCAAGAUGGUCGUCCAGACGACGCACCGCCUGACCCUGACGAUUUGGAGGACGACGAUGACGAUGAAAUGGACGACCAUGUUGAUGAUGCUUUCGCCGGCAACUACGAUGAUUACUACGAUCAGAAUAGUGACUACGAAUAUGAUAGUGACUAA